GCGGGCAUCCCUGCGGGCGUGGUCAACGUGGUGCCGGGGUACGGACCGACCGCUGGUGCCGCCCUCACCGAACACAUGGACGUCAACAAGAUCUCGUUCACGGGCUCAACUGAGGUGGGGAAGCAGAUCCAGUGUGCCUCGGGAAAGACGAACCUGAAGAGAGUUUCGCUGGAGCUGGGAGGCAAGAGUCCGAACAUCGUGUUUGCUGACGCCGACCUUAUCCUUAUCAUCUCAAAGAAACGCUCCAUAGGCGACCCCUGGUGCGACAACGUCGAAAACGGUCCACAGAUCGACAGAGAUCAGUUUGAUAAGGUGCUGGAACUGAUCGAGAGCGGCAAGAAGCAGGGAGCGAAGAUGGAGUGUGGAGGUGGUCGCCACGGUACCAAGGGCUACUUCAUCCAGAACACUGUCUUCUCCAACGUGACAGACGACAUGAGGAUUUCGAAAGAGGAGAUCUUCGGCCCCGUGCAGCAGAUCAUCAAGUUCAAGUCGAUCGACGAGGUGAUCAAACGAGCGAACAACACAAUGUACGGGCUCGCUGGAGCGGUGUUCACGAAGGACAUCGACAAGGCAUUGACCCUCGCCCAGAGCGUGCAGAGUGGAACAUUCUG